AUGAGCACACCUCGUGCGACGGGUGAGCCUCUAGGGGGCCCCGAGAACCAGCAGCAGUUGCUUUUGAGGCCUUGCUCCGAUCCUCCGUUCAUAAGCAUCUGGACGGGCAAAGCUCUUGUUGUGUUUCCGUUUACUGAUGUGAUCGAUCUAAAACACAAGGCUGGGAAUGGCUCACCUACUUGGGGGAUUGCCUCGGCUGGAGGUGUUCCCGAGAUUUCCACCACUACUUCCCUGGAGGAGACGCAGCUCCCACACGCUGCCAAGUCUUCUUGCCACACCAGUGCUGACUACUUUUUUCCUCACUCUUUUGCUCCGGUUGACAACCUGUUUAAUCGCAUGUGCUCCUCGUCGCAGUCUGAACAGUCCGGCGAGGGAACUGAGGUUUAUUCAUGGGUGAAUGCUGAAUGCGGAAUCAAUCAAAACAUGCUAAAUGCGGAGCAUUUGCCACUCUCGCCGAUCAAUCAUAGACACUCCAGAGAAUGCUGCUCUGGGUAUGCAGCGGCACUGGCCACAGGCGGAAUAGGAAACCAGAGCACUCCAGCAGCUCCAGCAGAUGAUCUUUCCUUAUCCCAGCCUCCUGGCUGUCCGCUGACGAAUAAUGGAGUCGACGGUGUCAUCCCAGCCUCAGUCGAGUCGGUGGUGAUUUUGGGUCCUGUGGGAAGUGGGAAAACAUUCGUUCGUACUCACGCGAUGAAGUACGCGGUAUGGAGGUACUACAAAAGUGUCCGAGCGCGCGGCCCCUCUGUUGAAGGCAACACAGCUGCGAGUUCUCCGGGAGUGCCAGCUGACGCAUCCGAUCCUGAGUCGCUUGAGGGAUUGGAGAACGAAAUUGUGGAGGCAUGUAAUCAGCUUGCAGCUAUGAACAUCCUGAUUCGGGCCUUUCUCCACGCACCAGUCCCCAGCAAUUCAUCUUCAACGAGAUGCUGCCUGAUAGUGGAAAUGCGCCUCGCGUGGCGUUCAACUGUGACGCCCCUGCAACUAUCUGGCGGGUUCCGAGGCGGCCGAGAGAAGAUCCAGUUGCGACUCUACCCGAUACUCUUAGCUCCAGGGGGCUUAGCGAAGCCGCUUGCGGGAGAACGGAAAAGCUUCCACAUCUUCGAACUACUUUCAGAUAUUAUGGAAAACCCUAAAAGGGAGGGAUAUUCGGACCGGAGGUUUGCAGACUCCGCCGGCCCUAUUGUCUCUGACUUAACAACGCCACUCUUGACCGAGGAAAUACGGCAAGCGGCUUGGCUGAGGAAAGCGCUGCACAAUAACUUGGGAGCAUUUCCUCGACUAAGUGCCUCUGGCGCUGUGGCCGGCCAGAGAAACAUUCCCCCCGAUCGUGAAGAUGACCGGUGGCCAAUUGAAACAACGACCGGCUCGGCUUUGGUGCGGUGGGCCCUCCGAACUGUCGGCUUCACGAGGGAGGAAAUGUCUUAUUUGUUUAGACUUCUCCAGGUCAUCCAGACCUUAGGGGAUCUCGAUUUCCGCGACAAUCUGGCCACAAGCCCUGCUCAUAAGGCCAACGCCCCUCGCUUGCAAGAGUCCGACGAACAGCUGCAGCUCCUCGGGAAUUUUUACGGACGGUGCGAAGUAAGUGUGAAUAAAACACUAUUUGCGAGUUACAAGGAUCAACAGAAUUUUCCACUGUUGAUGAAUAGUCUGGAACUUCCACAAGACGCCGCAGUUGCGUCUCUGUCUCAAGUUAUUAAUGCAUCAGCUCAGGAAAACGACCGUCCCGUCGAAUACCCAGUUGAUGCUUCGGAUCCAGCAGCAGUCCCAUCGGUUGCUGUGUCGGGAUGUUCUCGUUCUUGCUCUGAGCGCCGUGUCCGCAGAGAUCAUCCCGAGCCAAGCAACGGAGUCACUUGUCACAGUGGUUGCAGCGCGGGGUGCCAUCUUGCUUCUUCAGCACAUUGCUGCAAAAGCAUUCUCUUUGUUGAGGCGUUCGGACAACAGAUUAGUUCUGGAUCAAAUGACAAAGCCGGCGAUCUGGAGCAGCUCUGUACCGAGUAUUUAGCAGAUAAAAUGCAGCAGCUUAUGGAGGAGAUUCUGUUGCAGCGACAUUUGGAUGCACUCCACAGUGAAGGCCUUUUCGUUCCUGUUCAGUCUUGGAGUCGAGAUUCGACCGUUAUUGACAGGCAUCAGCUCCCGCUAGAAAUAUGGCAGCGAACGGCCCUGGACAAGCACUAUCUUGGACACAGUCUCUGCCCUAGAGCAUGGGGUACAGAGAGGUUACCCCCGGAGGCAACAGGAUUAGUUUCAGCAAUUAAUCUUUUGGAAGGAACUCAAAGAAGGCCGAUGAUAAUCAGUCCGCUGCAAGCGUCACUUAUGCACCGGAUCAGCAAAGAGAUCUCUCGAGGUGCUCCAACAGCCGCCUUCAACAGCAGUCCAGGGAAACGUGACAACGUGGGUCUCGUCACGCCAGAAUGUACUGUGGAGCGGAGGACGUCUUCUUGCGCGGUGCUGCCCUCAUCCCGAGACGACCUCACGUGCCAGGUAAAGGGCGGCAGCUUACCAGGAACUGACCGUCGGCUCGCUCCUGACCUCUCGAAGGUUACAACUGAAUCGUGUCCACCUCUUCCAGGAUUGUUUGCCAUAAUUCAAGAUGUGGCAUUGGCCCCCGUCCAGGAGGACAACCAAAGGAGUGCCCUUUUGGUGGAGCACGUUAAAGCUCUACAACGGCUACACAUUCAGCGUCAGAAAUUCGUGUCAGAAGCUCUCAAACCCAAGACCAUAGCUGGUGCGCCCUUGCAAGUUACAAAACACGGGCCGACGGUGCGAUCUUCUCAUCGGUGUCACAAGCUCAGUUCGCCUGGCGUGGCUACACCAUCUACGUCGGAGGCCGACAGGACUCCUCCGCAGAGCGUUCAAAGAUCAGCGACCCAAAAUUUGGGGAAAAAAAUAACUGGGUGUGGUGUGGGUGAGUAUUAUCGCGCCACGUCAUCCCCCACCACAGCGUCUCCUGCUGCUGUGUGCAGCCUUUCAACUCACAGGCACACCACCGGCGUCCCGACAAGGAGCUCCGAGGCAGGAUUCACUUUUUUGGUUCACCAUGCUGGCGGACGCUAUGCCAGUUACAAUGCGAAGGAAUUCUUCUGCCUCACCACCAAGCACAGACUUCGCGCAGCUAGGACGCUACAGAGACUGCGUCUUCAUUUACCGCCUGUUCUACAGCGAUUGAUCUCUGCUGAGCGGGUGAUACCAGAAAGUCUGGGGAAGACAUCGGCAGGCUUCUCGAUGGGCCCAACUUUGUGUCGUUCUCCCAACGUUGGCGAGGCCCACGCGGGGGACAUACUUGCUAGGUGUAGGAGGCACCUACCGCAACUUUCGGAGAACGCAACUGUAGCCGAAGCCUCAAGUAGCCGCCGCACAGCGAUCGCUCCCGCAGUCCCUUUCGAUGAAGCGUCGAGCAGCUCUACUGUCGCUUCCGGAUCUUGCUGCAGUACGGCAGCUGUUGUGGAGCGCUGUGCAUCUCAGAUGACCGUCUGCAAGUGGCCUGCAGCUCCGAGCACGAUUGCCUCAAUUUGUAGCUUGACAUCGUUUUUAGCCUCGGAUAUAUCCGUUCCAACGUUCAUAUGCUGUCUUCCGCUCCCAGAGCUGCCAAAGAGUGAACCAGAGGAGCCAGAUACUGACUGGUGCACGCUCCUGUUACAGCAGGUUCAGCUCGUGCAGCCUGCCCUACUCAGGCAAUGCGAACUCGAAGCAAGGCUUCCACCUAUCCGCAUCCCCCUCAGCGCCUUUUUGUCUUCGUGUGCCUCACUUCUUCAGUCUUAUGGUGGUUCUGGUAGCGAUAGCGUUGAUGGCGGUAAGUCUCCAGACUCAAGCUCUGUGUGUCUUGCACAAUCGAAGCCCUCCUUACUGUCUGCCCUGCCGAAAUCAGUUUCGAUCCUGGCCGUGUUGUACUGUGCGGAAACGGUUAGACGACUAGCUGUAGCGAAGCAAGCUCAGAGCCAUCGACUCCCGCUAGCUGAUUCGGCAUGUUCUGUUGUGACCGCAUUCUCCACGAAUAUUUCUGCAAGAGUUCUCCGAGCUCUUUUUCUGGUUGGGAAACACUCCGUCUUUUUCAAGGAGGAAGCCAAGCCUCUGCUUUCGGCAAUACAACAGCAAAUGAAGACACGCGCAUGUUUUGGGUCAUCCCAUGCGGUGCCAGGGAAUCAGACGCAGUCGACAUCUAGCGGACUUUCAUUUGCUGAUCCGGUUUGCGACGGUUUCCCGGCUGACGUAGUUCGGGCAGCCACCCAGAAAGUUCUAGCAUGGUUCAAACUCAGGCGGUGCUUCUUGGUGAUCUUUGCCUUCUCAAGACUGAGAAGUGAAGCGAGGCGACGGUUAUCGGCGGCCGCUACCCUGCAGCGCUGGUGGCGUAGUGUGGGACUGCCAACAGUGCGGGAGUGGCACAAACCCCAUUCGAAACGCCAAGAGCAGCUUGCACAAAGGAUGGACUCACAGUUACCAGCAUGUGAUGUCAAGGGAGAAAGCGCAUUCCAAGGCAGUCAACUGGUCCGUGCGAACCUGAGGUCCGAGAGCAUCCAAGAAGCCCGAAAAAAAUGGGAACGGCGAGUGGCUGGUCAGAUGCCGGUUAAAGGGAGAACGUUUGGGUGUGACAAUACCCAGAGACAGCAACUUUCAGACAAGAGGUUUUGUUAUGGAGAAGGUCCAGAGAGCCUCCCUUCGUAUGUGCAAACGGCGCAUGAGCGUCUGUCCGAAGACGAAGGCUUGCUGCACGAGGAUGUACGCGCCGUUACUGAUCCACUGGGAGAAGCGAAGAACAUCUCGACACACAAGACACCAGAAAUGUGUAAAAUGCAAAACAGUGCUCCACUCAAAGGCUGCAUGGAAAGCGAGUCGGAAGGAUCCUCUGAUACAGAAGAUGACAGCGAGACUGAUGAGGAGGAAGAGAGCGAAUCAAAAGAUAGGCACCCGCAACGCUCCUUGGUCGGGAGGUCGGGAGGCCCUAUAACCAGUAACCCAGAGCUUACAUCGUAUCCUUUGUCGAGUUCCAUGAAACUUGCUUCAAUCGACAGCGCUGCAGAAACGGCAGCCACUUGCUAUUCAUCAACAACCAGGCGAUCCACUGUUACACUUUCCUGUUUAGGACGAUCACCCGCCUCACCAGGAGUGUCCCCCCGCUCCCCUACGCAGUCUGUUUCUCCGAAUGAUUCUAACAGCAGGAUGUGGCUUGUAGACUACGCGGACCAGACAGAACACAUUGACAAUGAGCCCGCAGACACGGCAGGAGCGGAGCCCAAUGACGGUACCCCAACGCAACGACGGAAGAAACGCAGCCGAAAAAGGCGCCGCAGAAGAAGAAGACGUCGCCAUCAGUCAACUCGAAAUUUCCAGCAGGGUGGUCCCAAGUUGAUUCACGGUCCUGUCCGACCAGUUCCUUACUUGUUUGCUUUCCCUCCUCCCCCGCCACCCUGUCCGCCACCGCCUCCGCCUCCGCCUCCUCCUCCCCCUCCACGGGCAGCUAACGGUGAUGGAGUUCUUGAUCUCCAAGCUCUCACACACGGUGCAAGGGAGAGUGAGUCGAUGCCACUCUUUUAUGCCUCUUCCUCAGCCCCUUUCGCUCUCUGUUUCUACCCAAUGGCGGAGCAACUACAUGGGACUGGACCGAUGGACGCCAUCCGAGAAAGCUUGACAGCUUCCCCCUUGCUUCACACAAGUGAAGGACCUGUGCACGAGAAUUGUCCUGCCACACCAAGCCGUUCGAAAACGCUUCCAAGUUGGGUAUGUGCCUGUGGCGGCUGUGGCACUGGCGAAGCUGCUUGCUUAGCUCAAACUGCAGGCGCUUUUCAGACACACCGCACGGCAAAUAACGCCUGGGAUCACCUUACCUAUGGUGACGAUGGUUCGGUACAGCAACUCCCGGAAUGUGAGAAACCGGUCCUUAAGUGGAACACACCCCUUCUCCCUGGGCCCGCAUGUGUCACUACGAACCAGGGCCUGUGCACGGGACCUGAACCUCAAGGCAUCACGACAGGCGAUUUUCCAUCCUCUCGCUCAACAGGGGAUUGGCACGUACCGGAAGGCGGCAUACGCGACGGGCUUGCUGGAUGCUGGCCGGGUUUUCCGGCCGGCACAUCUCUGCACGACUGGCCAGGAAACGGCAGUACAGCCGGCUAUCUAGGGAAUUAUCCGAAUUUGCCUUGGUCUACGGACGCGGCCUCUCUCUAUGGUUGGUGUGGGAACACGAUCGACGCGGCGGUAUCUGCGGCAGCUGCAGCAGGGAUUCUUCCGUCCCCAAGUAUCUUGCCACUGCAGUCUGCAAUAGAAACUACUCGCCUGGAUCUUACAGCAGCACUCGCAGCGCCUAUGAACGUGUACAGUGACGACCCUUUGGGCGGGGCAUCGGGAACAACAGAGGAAGUAAGCAAUAGAAACUCUACCUCACCCGGAGGCGGGAAUUCAGGGGGUGCCCUACUUUUAGAGAGGCCGUGA